AUGAAAAUAACCUCUUAUUUAAGAAAAAAGGAAAUAGAAGAAGAACUAUCAGAAGUGGAACCAUUAAUUCAAGAAGCAAGAUCAGCUGUUGGUAAUAUUAAAUCAGAAUCUUUGUCUGAAAUUAGAUCGUUACGUGCUCCACCCGAAGUAAUUAGGGACAUUCUUGAAGGUGUAUUAAGGUUAAUGGGAAUACAAGAUACAUCUUGGAAUAGUAUGAAAACUUUUUUGGCAAAAAGAGGCGUUAAGGAAGAAAUUCGUAGGAUUUCCACAGAUAGCAGAUUAGCCGUUGAAAGAUUAAUGUCAAAUAAAAGCGACUCUUUCGACGAAAAGUCUGCGAAACGAGCCUCACUGGCAGCGGCGCCUUUGGCUGCGUGGGUAAAAGCCAACGUUAAAUAUUCCCACGUAAUGGAUAAAAUUAAACCGCUUGAAAGGGAACAAAACAAACUUCAAAAAAAUUUAAAAGAAGCCGAGUUACACCUUGUAGAGCUUAGUUCGGGCUUAUCAGAUGUAGACGCAGCCGUAGUCAAAUUAAAAGAAAAACUUUCAGCGUAUACCAAAGAGGCAGCGGAAAUUGAAAUAGAUUUAAACCGUGCUAAAGAAACACUAAAUGCUGCAGAGGAUUUAGUUAACAAAUUAAAUGAUGAAUAUGAAAGGUGGAAAAUUCAGCUUCAGGAGUGUCAGCUAAAACUACAAACUCUACAUCACAACUGUUUACUUGCUUCCGCCUUUAUUAUGUAUCUAUCCAAUGCUAAUGAAGAAGGACGACAGAAUAACCUUAAAGAAUGGAUGUCAGAAAUGGGGAUAAACGAAUUUAAUUUUGAAUCGUUUUUGUCCACAGAACGGGAACAACUUUUAUGGCAAAGUCAAGGGUUACCUUUCGAUAAAUUGUCUAUACAAAAUGCUAUAAGCAUUCUUAAGGUUUUUAUUGAACAAUUUGGAAAAAUUCUUAUAAUCGAAGAAAUUGAAAAUAUUCCCUCUGUAUUAUAUCCCUUACUGAGAAAUGAGUGUUUUCAACAGGGAGAAAGAAAAUUAAUCAAACUUAAUGGGAAAACCGUUGAUUUUAAUAGCAGUUUUAAAUUAAUUUUGUGCAGCAGAAAUACGGAACUGCAACUCAUUGGAGACGUAAAGCCAUUGAUUAAUAUAUUUAAUUUUACUGUAACCGGGAUUGGCCUGACAAAUCAAUUACUUUUUGCGGCAAUUAAACAGGAAAAUCCUGAUUUGGAAAAUAGAAGAAAAUUACUUUUAAGUGAAAAAGAAAAACUAAAAGAAAAACAGGAAAUGUACCAAAAUCAAUUAUUGGAGGAUUUAGCUAAUUCAACCGGCGAUAUUUUACAAAAUAAGGUAAUAGAGAAAAAGGUUGAUUCACAAAUAAGACAUUUAUUUGUUAUUAUUUACAACUACAUGGCCAGAGGAAUAUUUAAACAAGAUAGGCUUAAGUUCCUACUGCAUUUAGCUCAUAAGUUGUAUUCCGUAGAAAUCCCUGAAAAUGAAUGGAAAUCAUUUUUAUGUAGUAAUAUAUCAACAACUAAACUUCCUGAUGAUUUACCAUCCUGGAUACCAGAACAAUGCGUGAAUACAGUUUUUAAUUUAAAAAAUUUAUUGCCGGAACUUUAUGAAAAUUUAAAAUUUAAUGAAAAUCAAUUAUGGACAAAUUUUUUGAAGUCAAACGACGUGGAAACAACUUAUCCAAGCCAUGUUAAUCUCACCGACUUUCAAAAAAUAUUAAUUGUUCAAGCUUUUCGUCCGGAAAAGUUGUAUUCAGCCAUGCAAACUAAUAUUUUACAAAUCACUGGACUAAAAUCAUUGGACCCGCAAAAUGUUGAACUCUCUCAUAUAUUAAAGGAAUCUGUAUUUUUCGAACCAAUUUUAGUGUUGUCAAUGCCCGGAACAGAUCCAUCUAUCGAAAUAAAAGAAUUAGCUCAACAGACUAUUGGAAAUGACAAUUAUAUAGAGAUUGCUAUGGGCGAAGGACAAGAGACAUUGGCUUUAAAAUCUUUACAAGAAAUAGCUCAAUCUGGAAGAUGGUUGAUUUUGAAAAAUUUGCAAUUGGUAACUAAUUGGCUGCCCUCUUUGUGUCAAUCCUUUAAGGAUGUUGAAAAACAUGAAAACUUUAGAUUAUGGCUUAUAUCAGAACCUACUGAUAAAUUUAAUUCAGUAUUGACCCAAAAUAGUUUGAAAAUCGUCUACGAAGCUUCGCAAGGAAUCAGGAAUAACUUAUUAAGAUCAUUUUCGUCCUAUGGAAAAAAAUAUUUCGAGAACCUAAAUCCCACUGCAUCGAAAAUAUUCUUCAUAAUAUGUUGCAUUCAUGCUUUAUUGCAGGAGAGGCGUAAAUAUAUUCCGCAGGGAUGGUCCAAGUAUUAUGAUUUCAGUGAUACUGAUCUUUCCACGUGUAUCAAAUUGGUGGAGGAUAUUUGGCAAAGCCCUUCGCCAAAAAUACAAUGGACAUUUAUUUCUGGAUUAUGUGGCGAGACUGUUUACGGAGGAAGAAUAGAAAAAAACGAUGAUAUGAAAAUAUUACAAGUGUAUGUUAAACAAUAUUUUGUUGACGAAGUUUUGAGUCAUCAGUGGAAGCUCUUUGGAAAAACAAACAUACCAAACUCUGCUAGUUACAAUACUCCACUCAAAUGGAUAAAUAUUUGGUCAGGCCCUAAAGAACCAAUGCAAUAUUUACGUACUAGUAUGAGAAAUUUAAUAUUUCUUUCAAAGUUAAAGGACGAGGAUGCAGAUAAAAUUUUACAAAACUCUAUUAAUUUAUCUUACUUUUUUAAUCCAAGAGGAUUUUUAGCAUCUUAUAAACAAGACGUUUCCAGGUAA